AUGUCAUCCGAAUGCGAGAGAGGUCCCUUGACCACAUCAACGGUGGAUUACUGGGUUCAGCAUGUGGUGUUUCCUUGUCAAGUGUUCAUACUGACGUUGGUCAUCUACGAUAUAGCUCGUAACGCGACGUCGGUGAAAUCGAGAAUCGUGGCGAAACCAAAUCUGCUAGUCCUUGCACUGCUUAAUCUACUCGUCUUUGGUACUAUGCUUCCUCAGUCGCUGGGAAGCUUCUCGUGGUUUUUUGAAGCGGAAUCUUUUAGACGUUUCUUCCAUUACUCGAAAAUCCCAAUCAAUGCUCUGUCUAACCUUAUAUCUGCUAUGGAGAUUUUCAUUACACUUGCCAUUUGCGUAGAGUGCUACCUCCGUUCGAAGUCCUCCUCGCUUGUAAAAUGUUUUGUGCCAAGUGUCCGCUACGUCACCUUCCUUGUGGGAGCAUUCAUUAUGUCCGCAGGACUAACAGGCUAUCAUUUUCUGCUGUACGAACUAGAAACCGGCUACAGAUGCAAUGGAACGAAGCUGGUCGUGAGGAUCAAGCUUAACACUGACCUUUUCACUCCGACAGCUAUCAAAUUUUGUAACAUCGUCCAAGCUGUUCUUGUUAUUGUGAUCCCAUGCAUUUGCAUGAUUUUGGUGAACCGGAGACAUGCCAAUCUCAUUCGCAGCAACGUGUUUCCAAUAUCCUUCAGUGAAUGCCGUGAGUUGUUCAGCGAGGAAUCCCAUCUACAAUCGAGACGAAAGACGAUUUUGAUGUGUCUGCCUACACUCACGAUCUGUUUCGUCUUUUCGCAUAUGUUGUCGUUCCUCCCCUUCUUAUACGACCUCAUUCCAUCGCUCUACGAAUGGGGAUUUCCAAAUGUGAUCACCGUUAUGAAUAGUGUACUCAUGAGUGGAAAACUAGCAGCACUUGCUAUUUCGUCACAUAUGUGUCAAGAGCUCGGUCGCCUUGGAGUCAGCACUUAUUAG